AUGAGUGCUUUAUCGAAUUCCCUAGUUCUACCUAAGAGUUCUUCUUCAAACCAUCUAUCAACUGUGCACCAAUGUAUCACAAGUGUGGGUCCCACGAACUUGUCAUUCAUUCAAAGUGCAGGAAAAGUACGAUUUCCCACAUCUAGAAGGGCUCUUUCUGUUCAAGCAGGAUAUAGUGAUGGAGGCAGGCCCGGCAGUACGAGCAUCUUUGUCAGUGGCUUUGUUUUGGGAGGAUUAGUUGUUGGUACUCUUGGUUGUGUUUAUGCACCUCAGAUCAGCAAGGCACUUGCUGGAGCUGACAAGAAGGAUUUAAUGAGGAAAUUGCCCAAAUUUAUAUACGAUGAAGAAAAGGCUUUGGAGAGGACACGCAAAAUACUGGCUGACAAGAUUGAACAGUUGAACUCUGCUAUAGAUGAUGUUUCUACUCAGCUGAGACAAGAAGAUACCCCAAAUGGAGAGGCUGUGAAGUCAGAUGAAAUUGAAGCGAUCAUAUAA